AUGCCGGCAGAACGCCUGGGAAUUUACCACGUCCACGGUCCGACUCUGGAAAUUGUUAUUCAUGCUAUGGACUCCAAACUAGUUGGUUCAUCUAGGUCUUCUACCAAUAUGGCCAAGUUGCGAAAACAAAGUCAAACAACUUCUGAAAAAAUUAAUGCUGGCAUACUUUUUAUUUCGUUUGACGGGUGCAAGUGCUUUCUGACUGUCGAUGUUCGUCACAUGAUGGAUGUAAGCUCAGCACGAUUUUAUCGGGGUCUCAUGAUGGUGUGCCGAGGUCUUCACACAAUCCAACAGUCACGAGCCCAAGGCAAUCCUCCGGUUGCCGGUAGAUCCAAUUCACCGAUCCAUACCACCCGCCCUUUCAAACGAAGUGAAUGGUAUGCCAGAAUCAAUCUACUAACAUACUCUUCGAAAACCAUCUUCACUUAA